UGACAAAAUUGGAAAAAAUAAAAUAAAAAAAAAGCUCACAGCGCAAAGUGAAGUCAAUCUUCCAAUCUACUUUCCUGCCUUUGCCACAAUAAUGGUCCGAAAAGGCUCCUCAAAAUAAUAGCCUCUUCUCAGUCCAUUUAACAAAGCCACCCAAAUUUCCAAUUUUACCCCCUUCCUUCGUUGCUUCCAUGAUCCUUCUCAUCAUCAUCGCAAAAAGCUUUGAAAAGUUCCUGAAUUUCUCAGAUACUCUCCCUUGGGGGGGAAUAGGGAUCUUCCUUUGAAACCCUACUGGCAGUGGGUUCUUCACUUCUUCAGUUUUUCUUGUUUGUUCCUCUUUUUUGGAUUGUAUUUUUGCUUUUUUUGGCCACCAAUCCUAUACAAAUUUCCCUUUUCCUUUCAAAAUUUGAAACUUUGAACUUUUUUGAAACGUUUUGUUGAUGGGUGCUUGUUGGAGCAACCGGAUUAAGGCUAUUAAUCCUUCCAACACAGGUCUGCUUCUUGUGUUGACUUCCAUCUUCACAUUCUUUUGCUUCCUCUUAAUACUUUCAUAAUCCGAUGUUCAUUUUUCUCUAGAUUUUUGGUUCUAUGUUGGUUUUGGUUGAAAUGGAAUAUGGGUUUGUGGUAGUUUAGACCUAAAAGGUUUUAACUUUUGUGGACUUUUAUGAAUUCAUGUGCAUGUAUCGUAGUGUGUGUGGAACAUGCAUUGAGAAUUUGAGAUCCUUGCAAGUUAAGAUACUAUGGUUUUUUCCCCGCUGAUUUUGUGAUUUAUGCUUCACAAAAAAAGGUUUAAUAUGAGAUAAUCAUUGGAUUGUUGAACUCUAGAUUCGCGCCUAACUGUAGAUUGUAGGUUUUUAUCAAAUUUCAUAUUUCCCGUUUGCAAAUCUCUAGACAGAAUAGUUUUCUUCAUAUCGUUCCUUUGGGGUAAACGAAAAAAUUGUAAUUUGAGUUUGAAUGUAAUUCAUUUCAGAAUAACAUAAUAGUAAUUUGGGGUUUUAUGGAGUCCAUGUAAAUUUGGUAUUAUGUCUCAGCUUAGGUUCUUUUCCUUGUUAGUUUUAAGACCAAACAUGGUGAGCCUUUUUAAACAUUGUCUGAGAUAUUACAGUCAUCUAAUUUGAAAAACUUCAGCUACAAUGAACUAAGAGCCGCCACAAAGAAUUUCCGGCCAGAUAGUGUCUUAGGCGAGGGAGGGUUUGGUUCAGUUUUUAAGGGAUGGAUUGAUGAGCAUUCACUUGCUGCUACAAAACCAGGCAUAGGAAUGAUCGUUGCCGUGAAGAGGCUUAACCUAGAUGGGCUCCAGGGUCACAAGGAAUGGUUGGCUGAAAUCAACUAUCUGGGGCAACUUCAGCAUCCUAAUCUUGUCAAGUUGAUAGGAUACUGCUUGGAGGAUGACCACCGGCUUCUGGUUUAUGAAUUUAUGCCUAAGGGUAGCGUCGAGAAUCAUCUGUUCAGAAGAGGUUCCUAUUUCCAGCCAUUCUCUUGGAAUUUGCGAAUGAAAAUUGCUCUUGGGGCUGCACGAGGUCUUGCUUUUCUUCAUAGUCCUGAAGUUCAAGUCAUAUACCGCGACUUUAAGACUGCAAACAUCCUCCUUGAUACUAAUUACAAUGCCAAACUUUCUGAUUUUGGGUUGGCCAGAGAUGGUCCAACAGGUGAUAGAAGCCAUGUCUCUACUCGGGUCAUGGGAACACGGGGAUAUGCGGCGCCAGAGUAUCUAGCAACAGGUCACCUCACCUCUAAGAGUGAUGUGUAUAGUUUUGGAGUAGUUCUUCUCGAAAUGAUAUCGGGGAGAAAAGCAAUAGACAAGAACCAACCAACUGGAGAGCACAACUUAGUUGAAUGGGCCAAGCCUUAUCUGUCUAAUAAACGCAGAGUUUUUCGUGUAAUGGAUCCUCGUCUUGAAGGCCAAUAUUCCCAGAGUCGAGCACAGGCAGCAGCCGCCCUUGCAAUGCAAUGUCUUGCGGUUGAGCCUAAGGCCAGGCCGAAUAUGGACGAAGUGGUAAAAGCAUUGGAGCAGCUUCAGGAAUCAAAAGACUCACACAAAAGAAGCACUAAUCCGAAAGAGCAUCACACGCGUGGUUCCAGCAAUCUCAAUGGCCGUCAUGCUCCUGGCAAAGGCAGUGCAGAUGCUCCCAAAAUGGCCUCGGCUUAUCCACGGCCCUCAGUUUCUCUUCUUCAGUGAUGAAAGAGUUGUCAUUUGAC